AUGCAGACAGGAAUUCCACUGUUUGUUGUUGUUGUUGUUUCACAGGUUUUAGAUGGAGCAGGAUUAGAUGUUGAUUUUCAUCUACUGUCUCCAAAAGGUGAAACUCUAGUUUUUGAUCAAAGAAAAUCAGAUGGAGUUCAUACCGUGGAAACAGAAGAUGGUGAUUACAUGUUCUGCUUUGACAACACAUUCAGUACCAUUUCUGAGAAGGUUAUUUUCUUUGAACUGAUCCUUGACAACAUGGGGGAAGAAGGAGGACAAGAUCGAGAAGACUGGAAGAAGUACGUUACAGGCACAGAUCUCCUGGAUAUGAAAUUGGAAGACAUUCUGGAAUCUAUCAACAGUGUCAAAGCCAGAUUAAGCAAAAGUGUCCAGAUUCAGACCCUCCUCAGAGCAUUUGAAGCUCGUGACCGAAAUAUACAAGAGAGCAACUUUGACAGAGUGAAUUUCUGGUCUGUGGUCAACUUGGGAGUAAUGGUGGUGGUAUCAGCUGUUCAGGUUUACAUGUUGAAAAGUCUCUUUGAAGAUAAGAGGAAAAGUAGAACUUAAUAUUCAGUUUGAUCAUAAAGACAUACAGGUGGGGGGGAAGCAAUAAACUGCUACAGGAAAGAAACAAAAUAAAACGUGACCUUUCAGAUUCUUUUGAACCGCAGUAGACACAUCAGAUUUCUAAGUCAUAUGGAGUUUUUUAACAGAACGCCUUGCCCCAAGCUCUUCCAUCUUUGCAAGUGCUAUUAACAAACAAUUGUUUUUCUUGCUUGUAGCAUUUGUUAAUGAUUGUUAAUGACUACCUUAUGCAUAGCAGACAGGAUGCGGGUUCAUAUGCAAAGUAAUGUUAAUACAGUCAUCUUUGUAUAUUUGCAUAACACUUGAAAUGGUGGCUUAGAUUUGGUCUGUCUGAUGUUAAACAUUGAGUGAAUUUACAUCUGUGCCUGUGUGUUUACAAGACUGGGGCUUUCAGAGUCAUCUGUAGUUACCGUCAUUUAUCGUCAAGGCAAAGUGUCUUUAAAAAAUCCUCAGCUUUUGUUGUAUAGCAUCGUGUAGAAACACUGGGCUAACAUUGUGAGAACAAAAUUAGAGCUUUUUCAUUUUUUAUAUACAGACAGCUAACAUCAGCACUUUAAAGACAAACACUGUCAAUGUGAAACUGAGUCAGCAAUGAAAACAAUUAGAGAAAAUAGGUGCAAUUCUCAUUCAUAAAUCUUUCUGUCUUGUUUUACCAUCCCAUUUUCCUUUCUGGUUGUUACAUGAGAUCCAAGGAACAACUGACUAUAUGGUGUACAGAUGAAUGCACAUACAAAUUGAAGCAUGGUUUGUGAACUGUUCAUUAUUAUAACCUCAUGUAAUAGAUAAUUUUUCAGGAAGUCAUUUCCCAUAUUAUUUUUUCCAUUUUAUUUGCCAAUUUUUUUAUUAAUAUUUGUCUACUACAUGUCUAAAACUAAUGCAGCACUUAAUAGGAUGACUUACGUAUGCAUCAAAAAAGCAUAGCUGCGCAUCUAAAUGUUUCCUUUUUGCUCACCCUAGCAGGUCUUAGCUGUUUAAGUACAUUCUGUUAAUAUGAGCAGCGUUUGUAAAUCUAGCUGUUUGUAUGAGUAAGGAGGCAUAAAUUACGUGAGCAAUAAAUAGAGGCUUCAAAUUUUAGGAUUAAAUGAACACGUAACAUGACUUUACUAUGGCAAAGUUAUCCUCAAAUUGCUUUUAAUAGUUAGUACAGUGAGGGUAUGGAAAACUUUUGCCAAAAACCUUAAGUGAAUAAAAAUUCAUUUGUUUUAAAGGUUCAAAUUUAGCCAUAUUUACAAUGUGCGAAGUCACUGAAAUUCCCUACAGAAACGUACAAACUACAUCAUUUCAUCACAAAGUGUUUUAAAGACAAUGAGUGUAUUAGUGUUCUGCUUGUUCUUGGUUCAUCUGGGUAUUAACAGCAGAAUUGCAACUUUGAGACUUUCUGGGAUAACAUUAUUUUAGGGGGGUAAGACGGGGUCAAUAUAUGAAGAAACUUCAUUCAAAUGAAGUAGAUGCUAGCAAGGGCUACAGUACACACAAACUGCACUUCAACUUCAGACAAUGGGACCUAGCAAUAAUAUUUCUAGAUCAUUUUUAUAAAUUAAAGUAUUAUUCCUUACAGAGCUUGUUACAGAGGACUCCAAAGGCUGUUGAACUACUUGUCCCUUCUGAAAAGCUGCAUCCAAGAUAAGACUGUUCCCCUUCACAGUUCUGCAUAUCUUCUUUUUCCACAUGAUGCUUUCUAUUCUCAGCUGCUUGGAAUUGGCAAGCUUAUUCCUUUGGUCAGGACAGAGCCUCGGAAAGGUUAACUCUUUCUCCCAGCGUGGCAAAUAUUUUUCUGCCAUUUUCCCCAUGUCUCCCAGUAGCAAGGUAUCAUGCAUCUAUAACAGGACGUAAGCCAAAGCUCACUGGAGUCAACUUCAAGGUUUGGAUCAGGUCCCUUCAGGGCAGGCAUAUCAAGCUUCUUAGGGCUUUGCCCCUUUUGCUAGAAGAAAGAGGAGCUCUAUCUUCACUCGCAUCGCCAAAGUGUGAUGUUACAGACCACCUGCAAAAUACUGUAACAGCUCUGUGAAGCUGUGACUAAGACAUCUACCUCUUAUAUUUAAGCUACUAGAUUCUAGCUUUCAGCUCAGACCUCCAACAGACGAGCUCUGCCAAAUUUUCUAGAGCACCUCUCAAGGGGUUAGGGCCACACCUAAUCUGGUCUGCCUCUCUGCCAGAGGUUAUGCAUCCAGUGCCAAAACAAGCCAGAAUUUGCUUGCACUCCACUUAUCCUAGUUCAGCGUGGUAUAUUUGCUUAAGUUGCCUAUGAAUGCAGGCUUCUGAUAAGACAAUAGACUGAACUGCAGCAGCUUUUUUUAAUUAGGGACAGCAGUUUCUGGUAUAGGGAAAAUAAUGCAACAAUUAUCAGCAGAGUUCAUCUAGAUGAAAGGAUUAUUUUCUAACUAAAAGCUCUUACUGUAUUUUCUCCCCAUUCAAGUUUGGGUCAUUAUAGAAAAUUUUAAACAGGGAAUAAACUAUAAAGAUUAACUGUGCUUUGACUUUGGCAGCUGGAAAACGUUUACCAUAAAUGAAAGAUUUGGCAUUUAAACUUGCAGUUAAAUAAAAUUUCAACGGGAUUUUGAAUAGCAGAUUGUUUUUGGUUGUAUAAAAUGUACAAAGAACAUCAAUCUACAAUGGUUUCUUUUUCUUAAUGGAUUUUUUUAUUCAGAAGUAAAUGUUUUAAGACUUGCAGAUAUUGGAUAAGAUUAUGCAAAACCCUGAGAUUUUCAAUAAAUGAAGCUUAAACUUG